AUGAAGGUUCGCGAUAAGAUGCUGGAGGGCCCAGAGCAUGUCACGGUAUGGGAUGAUGGUGUGAAGGCUGCCAUGGUGGAGAAGUGGGAUCGAGAUCUCGGUGCGAUCGAGAAGGCGUUGGGUGUGAGGUGGGUGGGAAAGCACCAACACGUCCGGAGGGACGCAGGAGAUAUUAUUGGGAAAGACGGCGAUGCUGACGGUCAUCAUGAGCUGUUUAUGGACCAGGAAGAAGCACUGGAGAAAUUGGGCGCAGACGGUUGGAAGCUGGAUGAAGAAUAUGGCUUCCCGUACGGAGACAUUGUCUCUGACGGAGAGAGAGAGCUGCAUGAAGCGGUCGAGGUGGUGUCUUGA